UUCUUUCCCUCCUCUACGUGUGCAGCAGCAGGCCAGAGACAAAGUUCCUUCGGCCGGCCUAUCUGCUUAUCUCACAAUAAAAUUAAAAAAAUUAUCUCUAAUCCAGUUUUCAAGAACGCAGAGCUACAUUGAGAAGCCACCGUCGUGAAUGAAAAUGAUGAGCAAGUGGCUUAUGCACGUCUGUCUUAUUCUCGAGGACAGAAGAAGAAGUUUGAGGUCUCGCGAAGCGCGAGCUACCGCUCCCAGGGAUCUUGUUCGGACGGUUGAGCGCAGCUGAGGAAACCACGAUGGGUUGCUUGCCGAUGUCCGGCAACCGACUGGGCUUCUCGCAAGUGACCAAGAAGCCCAAGUUUCUCUACGUGGAGGGCAUCCGGCUGUCGCCCGCGCUGACGCAGGAGAGCAUCAUCUUCUCGCUCAACUUCGACCCGCUAACCACGGACAUCGUGAUCGACUCGUAUCCCGGCUGCGGCAGCUCCUGGGUCGUGCAGAUCGUCCACCUGCUGCUUAACAACGGCCACCUCGGAAAGAUCGCCGAGUCGCUCACCAGGGAGGUCUGCUACCUCGAGGCUGAAGGGAACCAGGUCGACUCUUACCGGGCUCCGCGCAUCAUCAAGACGCACCUGCCGUUCAAUGGCAUAGCCUACAAUCCUUCGGCCAAGUACAUCUACAUCGCCCGCAACGUCAAGGACUGUAUCGUGUCCAUCUACCACAUCAUGAAGACGUACCCCGACGACUAUCAGUUCCAGAACGGGACGUUCGAGGACGUCUUCGAGUGCUUCAUCCGGGGCGAGAUGGAGUACAACGACUACUUCGACCACCUGCUGCCCUGGUGGAGCUACAAGAACGAGCCCAACAUACUGUUCCUCGUCUUCGAGACGAUGAAGAAGGAGCCCAAGGAGCACGUGCAGAUCAUCGCCAAGUUCCUGGGCGGUGUCGCCAACGAGUUCAUCCAGGAUCAGAACAAGCUGCAGUCCCUGCUGCGCCUGACCAACAUCCUCUUCAUGAAGCUCAAGGCGCGCGAGUACGCCUCGGUCAUGCCCAAGAGGAAGUUCUUCGUCCGGGAGGGCGUGAUUGGCCAGUGGAAGAACUUCUUCACGGGCGAGCAGUCGCGCCGCAUGAACAACAAGUUCUUCCAGAGAACCGUCGACACGCCCAUGAACCUGCUCUGGAAAGGCAUGGGCGUCUUCGACUGACUGCUCUCACGCGUGCUUCUUUGGCGACUGCCGUGGAUGCGCAUAAAUUAUUUAUUUUUUAAGCAGGGGCGGCGGGUGCUUAACUUGCCUUAGGCCUGGUAGUUUGUAGUUUA